UGUUUGAGCCAGGUACUAUCCAUGCCCAACUGAGAUUGGAGAAAUUUCUAAUGGACAAGGUCUGGCUGUCAGCAAUAGCUACGGGAAUGCUGUCGUUCAGUAUGAUGAUGGUUCUACCAGACAGCCACCCAUCAACUCGCCAGAUGCUGCAGGAACAUCUCAACGGUCUGAAGAACAACAACAAGGGUGUGUUGGCAUGCACUCUUGGUGGAACUCUUCAGGGUAUUGGCAUUGCCCUCUGUGGAGCUACACCUGAGCUGGCAGUUGUUCAGCUAGGAGCAGGAGUAGAGAAUGCAGGAUACACGGUGCUAGGAGGCAUGAUCGGUGCUCUCACUUAUGGUUUGCUCGAACCUCUCUUCGCCGCUUUUACCUCACCAAAGUCACCGAUGUCCCCGGAGAAAUACACGUUGCAGGCAAUGUUUUCAACUCCCUAUUUCUUCCUCGGUCCACCGUUGGCACUGCUUACUGCAGGAGUAGUCAUGGCCCUCGAAUACUCUUUUCCUUGGGAAGAUGACGUGUUUGUCUCCGAUGCAAGUGUAGGUUUAUUCUCACGAGUCUCCUGGGCACCUUACUCAACAGGCAUCAUCAUCGGACUGCUGCAAAUCCCGAUCGUGCAGAUGAUGACGAAGCAUAUCGGCGCGAGCACGAGUUACUGCACAGUCACCUCUCAGCUUCUCUGCUGCAAGCCGCUUCAGAAGCUCUCGCCUUACCUGACGAAGACUCGCUCCGGCAUGGUCAACUGGUGGCAGGUGGUGUUCAUGGGAGGAGCAGCCCUGGGAGGCUACCUCUCCGCUCGUGCAUCCCAGUCUCUCGGCGACGCGAUGGGAGUGACUAAGUCGCACGCCAUCAUCGGCGGUGCCGUGAUGAUAUUCGGAACCCGGCUCGCCCACGGCUGUACGAGUGGGCAUGGUAUGUCAACGAUUGGGCUGCUGUCCACACUACCAAUGGUCACCACAGUGUCAACGUUCGGAGCAGGAACCUUGGUUAUGUACCUCCGCACUAAAUUCCAUUGAUUAUACGAUUGAUUGGAAUUGAUGGAAUCGGGACCAGACGAAGGCUUCAGCUGUUUGAAGUACUGCAGAGCCGCAGCGUUACAUGUUAGCAUUUCACAGGUGAGCUGCUGUGAUUUCUAGUACCGUAUAUGAUCGUGUAAUAACCGCAGGCGCCUAUAAGCCGCUCCUCAAUUUGAAUCGGGUAACCAAGUAUUGC